UAGCAGAGCAUUUGGCGGGUGUGCUCGUUUCCCGUCGGACACAUUUCCUCAACGUACGUAUACUUCCUGUUUAGCACCGAAGCAGAAACGUGGGUUCCAUAGAAUCCCCAGUUUUGUUAAGAUUUUAAAAAUGCAAAUAUCAAGCGUAAACGACGUGAAGAUUUAUAAUUUAAGCCAUGGAAAGUCCCUUCCAGAGUGGCUGACAGACCGUAAGAAGAGACAACUCCAAAAGAAAGACGUUGACAUCCAGCGCAGGAUCGAGCUCAUCCAGGACUUUGAGAUGCCCACAGUGUGCACGUCCAUAAAGGUAUCCAGAGAUGGGCAAUUCAUUCUGGCAGCAGGGACUUACAAGCCCAGGAUUCGAUGUUAUGACACCUACCAGCUAUCACUGAAGUUUGAACGCUGCUUGGAUUCUGAUGUCGUGGCCUUUGACAUACUGUCUGAUGACUACUCAAAGCUUGUGUUCCUGCACUCUGAUCGUUAUGUGGAGUUCCAUUCCCAGCACGGUCACUACUAUAAAACACGAAUUCCAAAGUUUGGACGGGAUUUUUCUUACCAUUACCCCUCGUGCGAUCUUUAUUUCGUUGGAUCUAGUUCAGAGAUCUACAGACUGAAUCUUGAACAAGGCCGUUUCCUUAACUCACUUCAGACAGAUGCUGUGGAGCACAAUGUGUGCGACAUCAACCCUGUCCAUCAUUUGUUUGCCAGUGGAACCGCUGAGGGAAGGGUGGAAUGCUGGGACCCUCGUGUCCGGAAGCGAGUGGGCCUUCUCGACUGUGCCCUGAGCAGCCUCACACAAGAAAUAGAAGUUCAGAGUUUGCCCUCAAUAAGUGCGCUGAAGUUUAGCGGUUCGCUGUUCAUGGCAGUAGGCACCAGCACUGGUCAGGUGCUGUUGUAUGACCUGCGCUCCAGCCAGCCGCUGCUAGUAAAAGAUCACUUCUACAACCUGCCAAUCAAGUCUCUCAAUUUCCAUGACCAGAUGGACCUGGUUGUGUCGGCAGAUGCUAAAAUAGUCAAAAUCUGGAACAAAGACACUGGCAAAGUGUUCUCCUCAAUCCAGCCUGAGAGCAACAUUAAUGAUGUCUGCAUGUACCCCCACUCAGGUAUGCUUUUCACUGCCAAUGAAGAUCCAAAGAUGAACACAUUCUACAUCCCGGCUCUUGGCCCAGCACCUCGUUGGUGCUCCUUCCUUGAUAACCUGACAGAGGAGCUGGAGGAGAGCCCUGAGAGCACUGUGUAUGAUGACUACAAGUUUGUGACCCGCAAGGACCUGGAAACUUUGGGUCUUUCUCAUCUGGUGGGGUCAUCCCUCUUGAGGGCGUACAUGCAUGGCUAUUUCAUGGACAUCAGACUCUAUCAUAAGGUCAAAAGCAUGGCAAAUCCUUUUGCUUAUGAGGAGUAUCGUAAGGAUAAGAUCCGACAGAAGAUCGAAGAGAUGAGGACCCAGAGAGUACAGCUUAAGGAAUUGCCCAAAGUCAACAAGGAGCUGGCUUUGAAACUGAUGGAAGAGGGUGACGAAGUGGAGUUGGCUUCCAGGAAAAAGAAGGGCAAGGCCCUACCCACCAUAUUGGGUGACGACCGUUUCAAGGUGAUGUUUGAAAACCCAGAUUAUCAAGUGGAUGAGCAGAGCGAGGCGUUCCGCCUGCUCAACCCAAUCGUCUCCAAAGUUAGCCAGAAGAGGAAGAAGCAGCUGCAGCUACUAGCUCAAGAUGCUACUUCACAAGAAGAGGAAAAUGAGGAGGAGGAAGAGGAGGGUCAACCCAGUUCUGAGGAGGAAAGCUCAGAUGAUGAAAAUAGCUGGGUGGAGGAGGUGAGGGAGCAGCGGAGACUGCUCAGGCAAGAGGAGUGGGACCGCCGGCAUCAGGAGAGGAAGGACGCUGACCGCAACACAGUCCUGCUGGAGAGCAAACCAAGAGAAUCGCAGAAAAGUGUCUUCAGGGCUGAGAACAAGAAGCAGAGCCAGCCUCAGUUUUAUCAGAUUAAAAGCGGGGAGGAGUUUCGCAGUUUUAAUGACGUGUCCUGCAAGCAGAAACUUCAGAAGGCAUCCCUGGAGGAGCGUUUGAAGUUAGAGGAGCACUCUGGAACCAGCAACAUGACUGACACCGCAGUGGGCAGCAAACAGCUUACCUUUAGACUCAAAAAGUCUGAGCAGCAAAGGAAGCAGCAACAGGCGGAGCGGGACCAUCACGAAGAGAGAAAGAAGCUAAGACGCUCAGCCGGACACCUGAGCAGUGCCCGUGGGAGGGGCUGGGCUGGUAGGAGAGGAAGAGGAAGAGGAAGAGGACUGCACUGAGAAGUGAAGACCCAUCUGCAGCUGCCUCAAGUCAAGGCUACACCAAUUAGGCAGAUGUCCUGAAUAGCUAAAGAUUGUUGUUUUUAAAACACGUGUCAAGUGGCCAAGACUAAAACUGACAACAGAUGGUUAUGACCACAUUUGGUUUGAAGUUCUCUGCCUAUGAUUUCCCAUGUCAGAUUUAUGUAUUUUUUUAAAUAUAUAUGUAUAUAAAACAGUUCUCUCCAAAAGAAUUUGAACAGCAAGGAAGGUCAGGUGCUUUAUUUUUGUUGUAUACUGACGACAUUUUUGUUUUGAGUCAAAAGAGGAAUAUGAGAUAAAAGUUCACAAUUCCAACUUUUCAUUCAUUUUUCAUGGUGGUGCCUUGGUUCUCGAACACAAUCCGUUCCAGAAGGCUGGUUGAAAACCAAAACGUGUGAAAACAAAAGCACGUUUUCCCAUUACAAUGAAUAGAAAAUGAAAUGAUGCGUUCCAAGCUUAUAAAGGUUUUUUUAAGCGAUUUUCUUUUAGCUUUUCCUGAUAACAAACUGCAUAGUAGAAAUACAUAUCUAGUUUAAAUACUAUUUAUAGUUAAAUCAUUUAAGGAAUAUAUUUUUUCGUCCGCGAGCAGAGGAAUAUGUGAGUCAACUGGUUGUACCGAGCACUAAUGGGCGCAGUCCCGUGCCUUACGUCUUUUCCGUUUUGUUUUUUUUCGGGGGUGCAUUCGGAAGCACAAUAACAAAUUGUCAAUGGUCAGCUGGUCGGGGUGUUCAAAUACUGAUUUUCGUUCGAAAAACCAAAACAAAAAAAAUCUCUAAAUUUUCGUUUGAAAACGGAUUUGUACGAAAACCAAGAUGUUCGAAAACCGAGGUACCAUCCGCAAACCCAAUUCCAAUGAUGGAAUGUUUUGUUAAAAAUAGAAUGCAAUGAUUUGCAAAUCAUUUUUAACUUAUGUUUAAUUUAAUACACUAUAAAGACAAGGUACUUAAUGUUCAAACUGAUAAACUUUCUUUUUGGCAAAUAAUCAACUUGGGAUUUUAUGGCUGCAACACAAUACAAAACAACUUGGACAGGGUCAUGUUUGCCACUGUGUUAUAUCACCUUUUAAAAAAUUCAAUAUAUGUUUGAGAACCGAGGACACAUUUAUGUUUUGGUGGAAUUCUUUCCCAUUCUUGCUUGAUGUACAGCUUCAGCUGUUCAGUCUGGGCUCUCCGUUGUAUUUUACGCUUAAUAACGCGCCACACAUUUUCAAUGGGAGACAGGUCUGGUCUGCAGGGAGGCCAGUCUAGUACAUGCACUCUUUUACCACGAAGCCACACUGUUGUAACACAUGCAGAAUCUGACUUGGCAUUGUCUUGCUGAAAUAAGCAGUGGCGUCCACGAAAAAGGCAUCGCUUGGACGGCGACAUUUGUUUUUCACAAAACCUGGAUGCACCUUUCAGCAUUAAUGGUGCAUUCAAGGAUUUGCGAGUUACCAAUGUCAUAAUACAGGCUCAUACCAUCACAGAUGUUGGCUUUUGAAGUUUGCAUUCAUAACAGUCCAGAUGGUUCCUUUUACUUUUUUCCCCAGAGGACAUGGCAUCCAUAGAAAUGUGGACUCAUCGAGCCAUAGAACACUUCCACUUUUCAUCAGUCCAUCUUUGAUGAGCUCGGCCCCAGAGAAGCCGACGGUGUUUCUGGGUGUUGAUACUUGACUUUUGUUUGCCAUGGAAUUUUAAGUUGCAGUUACGUAUGUAGCGCCGAACAGUAUUUAUUGUUGUUUUUCUGAAGUGUUCCUGAAACCUUGUGGUGAUAUCCUUUACACGUUGAUGUCAGUUUAUGAUGCAGUGCCACCAGAGGGAUCGAAGGUUAUGCGGCGUUUCAUGUAGGUUUCUCGACUUUGCCACUUCCAUGCAGUGAUUUCUCCAGAUUCUCGUAACCUUUUGAUGAAGUUAUGGACCAUAAAUAAUGAAAUCCGCUUGCAAGUGCACGUUUAGGAACACUGCCCUUAAAUCGAGUAUUUUCUCACGCAGCUAUCCACAAAGAGGUGAACUUCACCCCAUCUUUGCUUGUAAAUCACUGAGCAAUUCAGGGAAGCUCCUUUUAUACCCAAUUAUGGCAAUUCCCAGUUCUCAAUUAGCCUGUUUACCUGUGGGAUGUUCCAAAUAGGUCUUUGAUGAGCAUUCCCCAACUUACUCAGUCUUUCUUGACACCUGUCCAAGUGUUGCAGCCAUAAAAUUCACACUUUUGUUUGAAGCCACUGUAAUUGUGUGUUUUGAUGCCACCGCUUUUCAAGUGAGCAAAAUUAUUGGAAGAUGUGACUAAUGGGUGUUUCUAGUUGCCCUCUUCUAGUUGAUGUCUUUUGGCUUUGGAUUUUAUCAAUGAAAACCGAAUUUGCUACCAAGCAAACAUCGGUACCAGAGAGCAGUCUAGGGGAGAAAUGCAAACCAUUUUUAAGCAGAGAGAAGAUGGAAAAUCAAUCAGCCAUUGCACAAAUAUUGGGCAUAGACAGUACAAUAUUUUGGAAUGUCCUGGAAAAGAUAGAAACUACUGGUGCUCUGCGCAACAGACAUUGAACAGGUCAGCCAAGGGUAUCAAAAGCAUUUGGCAGAAACAUUAUGAAAGCUGUGAAGAAGUCCCCAAAGACAAGUCAUUGAUUUUGCUGAAAUAAGUAUUUAACGCAUCACCAUUCUUUAAAUAUAUUUCUGAAGGUGCUAUUGACACAAAAUUUUCACCAGAUGAACUCAAAUAAUGUACACGUAC